UUGCUUCAAAACAUUAUGGCGUCGAGAAGAACAUCAACAAUGCCAAGUACUUUUAAAAGUACCUCCACCGACAGUAAAAGCACGAAAAGUGGGAGCAAUGCUAGUAAACCCACCACCACCGGAACUGGGAAGAAAGGUGUUAAAUCUUUAACAAGUGGAACUAUUGUCAAGUCUCGAUACAUGCAGGCUGCUGAGAAGACAUCUCUUUCAAAGAGUAACUCACUGACCAACGAGUCUGUUGUUGUUCCGCUGAGACCUUCCUCACCAAAACCCAGUGGUGUCAAAGCGAGGGUCGGCACUCCACCAAGACGCUCAAUGGCCCCUCCAGCAACACCAAUGAUGUCACAAGAAACUUCAUUGCUUGGGAAAAGUAUUCUGCAUUCCACUUUCUCAGAUGGACACGGCUUUCGACCAGAUUUUGAUAUUUCAGUCAUUAAAGAAAAAGCAAUUCUUGAAAAUGCAGUCGAGCUUGAGAGAAAUCCAGAGACUAAUAAGAGGAUCAUAGAGAUGCAAACAUUCCUACUGGCCUACCUCACAGCUAAGAUGGAGAGCAACACUGCAAAGGCGGAGGCUGAGGCAGAGGCAAGGCUCAUGCAGGAGAUGGAGGAAGAGGAGGCGCUGCAUAAUGAGGUCCAGGAGAAGAAACGUCGGUACCUCCUCAUGGAGAAGGACAGGCGAGCGAAUGAGCUGCUGGAUCUACAGAUCGCCGCACUAACUCCUGUGGGGGAAACUGCCAAGCAAUUCACAAAGAACUACAAGUCUUUCGCCACAGCUGUGGACACCACGCGACAUGAGCUGCCUGUCAAGAAUUUCUAUAUUGACGGGGACAGAAAGGAAUUCCUAGAUAAAGCUGGGGCUUGUCUGAAGGAGAGUGAGGCGUUGCUGAUGGAGUGCACAGAGGGAGAUCAUAAGGACAACAGCACAUCUCUAGAGUGCCUUAAGGACAUGAAAACGACAUCAAAGGCCAUCAGUCAGCAGCUGUCAGGAACAUUUUCAGAGCUGCUGGAGUUGUCAUCGUUGGUCUGCCGCCACACAAUCCAUGUCCAGCAGGCCACGGAGGAAGAACAGCUCGGCACCGCAAGAACCCACCAGCUCUUCUGUCCUAAACAAUGAAGGAUGCCACGCAGCAUGGGAUACACAGUACAUGCACUUUGGAUACCCCUCAACAAAUUAUUUCCCCCCGUUUACAUGUAUUUGUAACAUUUAUGUCUUGUUUUUAUGUAUGCCGUCUGAUUUCUUUGCAGCUGUAUUAUGAUAUAUUGUAAAUGCUAAAUGACUGAUGCUACUUAAUACUUUUAUUGUAAUAAAUGCAAUAUGAACCAAUGCAAAUAUGGAUUAAACAGUC